AUGGCCAAACCAGAGCUCCUAAUCCAAAUCGUGACCGACGUCAUCUGCCCAUGGUGUUUCGUCGGAUCACGUCGACUGAAAGCUUUCCUCUCCUCGGACGACUACAAAACCCAAAUCGCUCCCUACGUCAACACCGUCCUCAAAAUAGAACCCUACAUCCUCGAUCCUCGCCUACCUGCAUCCAGCUACGAUACUCCAUACAAGUACUACGACGCGAUCGACACCACGCCAUACGAGAAACACUCACCGCCGACAAAGAAGUUCUACUACGGAUCCAAGUUCGGCGGAAACCUCGAUGCGUUCGACGUCAAGAUCUCGAGAGCAGCCCAAGAGCUAGGUAUGCCCAAGUUCGACUGGACGAGCCAAGGGAAAGUUGGGGCGACUUGGAAUGCGCAUAGGUUGGUGUUGAAGGCGAGUCAGAUGGAUGAGCAGAGUGGGGCGUUGGCGAAGGAGGAUCCUGGUGCAUGUACACAGACGUUGCAGGUGCGUUUGAUGGACAUCCUCUAUGAGGAUUUCCAUGCGAAUAGUAAGGAUAUGUCGGAUGAUAUGUAUCUUGCCGCUGUAGCAAAAGAGUUUGGACUUUUUGGAUCGGAGGAAGAGGCGAGGAAGUGGUUAGAGUCGGAUGAUCUCGAGUACGAGCUAGGUAAUAAGCUGCAACAAGCCGAGAUGAACGGCGUUCAAAGCAUUCCUUUCUAUAUCGUCAACGACGGCGCGGAUCACAUGAGCGAGACCGGCUUGCACGAUUCUUUCCUUAAGAUGAUGCAGAUGGCUGUUGCCCCUUAUGCGCGCUAG